ACCGUUAUAGAGUACACCGAAGCGUCAUCUUUAACUUGAUUUUUUUAUAUUUCGUGGAAAUAUUGCUGCACGCUCAGUGUGGCAGACGGAAUGUUAUUAUAAGCAAGCUGAUGUUUGUUUUUACAUGUCUUUUUAGCCGGUUUUUACUGCGUGGCAGGCUGGUUACGAGAGUCUCCUAACUGGCCGCUUGGUCCCGCAGCUUGUCGCAGCUGAAGAAAAUAGAACCAGUUGCCAACCCAGCGAUCGGCUCCCAACGUUUGCUCUGCGCGUCGCUGUAAUUUCCCUUAGGAUUCCAAUCUAAAGUUUGGUUAACGAAUAGCUGUUUUUUGCAGCCGCUUCUAUUUCGGCAUUGGUUAUUUGGGUGUAAAUGGUUAAAUUGUUGGCUAGAGACUUGGGUGGCUAACACCAACUAGCUAUAUAACCCCAACUCGUGCGACGACAGCUGUCAUUGGAGAAAGGAAAGUGAUCCCCGCAAAUGCGCUUGCCAGUGAAACGGUCUUCUGUUGGAUUUACAUCAACUGCUUUUCCAUCAAAUGGGCAAAGUUGGGAAUAGCAUUGCAGUGCUGGAAUAUCAUGAUAUGAGCUGUGCAUUUUUGAGAACUGCGGUGUUGUUUCAUUGGAGAGAGGCUAGCUAGCUCCAUUAGCUUGCUGGCUAGCUGGGUGAUAAAAGUGCAACGUUUCAUCCCCCAUUAUUUUGGGACAUGAAGAGGAUAAUUCGCUGUCCAUAGGACUGGAAGAAUGUCAUCAGAGGACAAGACUCUGGAGCCCUCUGACCAGGGACCCUCACCGCCAUCCAGCUGUGCAGGGGCCACAUCCACAGGAAGCCCUGCCAACGCAGACAAGCGACCACGAGGCAGGCCGCGCAAGGAUGCUGCUGCCAUCGUCCUGCCCCAUGCACCAACCCUGUCUACAUCUAAGAACAGAAAGAAGGGUCGCACUAGAGGGAAGGCUGUUUUGGAUGAGGAGGACAGCAUGGAUGGGAUGGAGAUAGCAGAGUCCACUGACCCUCAGGAUGCAGAAGCACAAGCCCAACCUGUGGAGAGUGUGGAAGUGAUGACCACUGAGGAGAAAGAAGAGGACAAGCCUUCUUCCCCUCUGGUUCAGAGUGCUCCAGCAGAGAGUUCAGCAGGACCAUCUGUCCCAACAAGUCGAGAAAUCAAAAGCAGUGAGCGUCUCUGUGCCUUCUGUUACUGUGGCGGCCGUAGCCUUCUGGGUCAGGGGGAUCUGCUAGCAUUCAACGGCACAUCCCAGCAUGAAGCACUCAUCAGCCAUAAUGGUGAAGGAGGCUCAACAAGCGAUAGCAGUGAUGGUGACAAAAUCACCCAGUCUGACAUGGCUGGAGACACCACCUCAGGACAGAAGGAAAAGAAUGGAUCUGAAACCUGCCAGGAACCAGACCCAACCAGUCGCUUUUGGGAUGAGCUUUCUCACGUCGGACUUCCACAAGAUGUUAAAGUCCAGUCUCUCUUUGAGUCAGGGCAAUGUUGGGCACAUCAGAGUUGUGCCUUGUGGUCCGAGGGUGUUUGUGAGGGCGAGGGACAAUCUCUGCUUAAUGUGGACAGAGCCAUUGACUCAGGGAGCACAAAGCACUGUGCAUACUGUAAGCGCCUUGGAGCAUCCAUUAAGUGCUGUGCUGAAGGAUGUGCUCAACUCUACCAUUACCCCUGUGCGGGGGCAGCUGGGACCUUUCAGGAUAUCAGGAGUCUCUCUCUCCUCUGCCCAGAACAUACUGAAUUGGCGAUUCAUAAAUUUGUAGAUGAUGUAAACUGCGUGCUAUGUGAUAGCCCAGGGGACCUACCAGACCAACUCUUCUGCACCAGUUGUGGUCUGCAUUACCAUGGGAUGUGCCUGGACAUGGCGGUGACCCCUCUAAGGAGGGCAGGUUGGCAGUGCCCCGAGUGCAAAGUCUGCCAGACAUGCAAGAACCCAGGAGAGGACACUAAAAUGCUGGUGUGUGACAUGUGUGACAAAGGGUAUCAUACAUUCUGUCUGCAACCUGCUAUUGACUCUCUACCCACCAACGGAUGGAGAUGUAAGAACUGCAGAGUGUGCAUACAAUGUGGAACGCGGACCAGCAGCCACUGGCACCACACCAGCCUGCUCUGUGAGGACUGCGUCCAAAACCAGGACCCUUCUCUGUGCUGUGCUAUGUGUUCUUGCAUCCUGGAUCCCGAGCAUCAUAAAGACUUACUAUUCUGCCAAACUUGUAAAAGAUGGCUUCACCUGGAGUGCGAGCGUCAGAACUCAGGCCAAGCAGAAGUCCACCCCAGAGAGGACUACGUCUGUUCCAACUGCAGGCCUCCUGCAGAGCAGACACUACAAGCAGAGGAUAUGGACAUUGGCCCAGAGCUCAGCCCUCAGCCAGCCCCCAUGCACACAGACUCUGAGACUGACAUACAGCUGGCUGAAAAGCACACAAACCCAGAACCUGGCAUGCUCCUGCCCCCCGAAAUGCACAAUAACCCCAAACCGGAAUUACUUGCUGUUCCACUGCACGUUGAUCCAGAGCCUGCACAGGCUACCGUCCAGGAGGAGAUGUUGGCCACAUCAGACCACAAGCCUGAUGCCCUGGGGGAAGCUGACACAGAGGAGGCAAAAGUUACUGAACCCUCUAUCAGCAAAGGUCCAGCAGAAUUCAUACCAGAAUCAAAGCCAGCAGCUCCACCCGAGCUCACAUCCACAGAAAGUCCUGCGUCCUCUACGACUCAGAGCCAAGAAUCCUUUCCAGCCCAACAGGCACAGGAUACCACUUUGCAGGUCAAACCAGCAAAUACAGAAGCCUGCCCCGAACAGGGCAAGGUCAGCCACAGCACAACGGAUUUAAAGGCCAUCGUCUCAACCACCAAAGAACCAAGUACUCCAUCAAUACCUUUCAUGGACCAACCAGCAGAAGUCGCACUACCCCAGCCUUCAAGUGUGGAUGUAGGUGGGCUGUCCUUAUUGGAAACGGCUCCAAAAGAGCUGAAAACGGAGAGGAAUGAGGGCUUAUUUCAUAUUACGCUGGCAGACACUGUUAUGCCCAACGCCUCCGACACAUCAAAAGAGAUGGACAUUACUCUGGACAUCAAGCCCAGUCUGUCAUUUCCAAGCUUUUCUUCUGAGGAGAAGCCCUUCAAAACAUCUGUGGAAAGAUUGUCGGAGAUGGUUUCCUCUCCCUCCCACUCAUCGGCUGGGAUCCGAGGGACAGCGCUCAGAGAGCCGCCGCCCCAGACCCACAUCCUACCGUUACAGGGCGACCAUAGCAGCGUAAUGCCCACAACCACCCUUGUUCCUUUCACGCCGAAGAUCGGUAUGGGAAAACCAGCCAUCACCAAGAGGAAAUUUUCCCCGGGGAGGCCACGAGUGAAACAGGGUGCAUGGAGCCCCCAUAGCAGUGUGAGCUCACCCUUGUCCUGGUCACCAGACCAGCAAGAGGGGUGGGACCCAAAGACCAGGCAGUCCUCUGGCAGUCCCGGGUGGAGCAUCAGAGUGGGUCGAGGCUCAGGCUUUCCUGGGAGGAGGAGGCCCAGAGGGGCGGGUCUGUCGGGUAGAGCUGGACGCGGCAGGGCCAGGGGGAAGAAUGGUGUCAGUCCCAGCAUCAACCCAGGGAUCACUACAAUAGAAAUGCAAUACCCCGUGAAGGAGGAGGAGGAAAAUGCAAUGCAUAACACAGUGGUCAUAUUCUCCAGCAAUGACAGUUUCACGCUAAAACAGGACAUGUGCGUGGUGUGUGGGAGUUUUGGUCUCGGUGCAGAGGGCCGCCUGUUGGCUUGUGCCCAGUGCGGCCAGUGCUACCACCCAUUCUGUGUGGGCAUAAAGAUCACCAAGGUGGUGCUAAGCAAAGGCUGGCGCUGUCUGGAGUGUACGGUGUGCGAGGCUUGUGGCCAGGCUACGGAUCCUGGCCGCUUGCUGCUAUGUGAUGACUGUGACAUCAGCUAUCACACAUACUGCCUGGACCCUCCGCUGCAGAAUGUUCCAAAAGACAGCUGGAAGUGCAAGUGGUGUGUGUCCUGUACCCAGUGUGGCGCCACCACUCCAGGCUUGAGGUGUGAGUGGCAGAAUAAUUACACCCAGUGUGCUCCCUGUGCCAGCCUUGCAACAUGCCCGGUCUGCCUGGUGGACUACAGCGAGGGCACCGUCAUUGUGCAGUGCCGCCAGUGUGACAGAUGGUUUCACGCCUCCUGUCAGGGUCUCCACUCAGAGGAUGACGUGGAAAAAGCAGCCGAGAGCUGCUUCGACUGCACAAUGUGCCGAACCUUUAAGACCACUAAAGUUGUGACUAAGACCAGAGACAACAUCGAGCCACUCAUUGUGAUGCCGAUGCUAACAAAGGCAAAAGACAUUGAUCUGACAAGGACCUACACCCAGGACGGUGUCUGUUUGACAGAGUCGGGGCUCUGCCAGCUUCAGAGCCUUUCUGCUACGGCGUCACGGCGACGGAAACCUAAGCCCAAACUGAAACUGAAGAUCAUUAAUCAGAACAGUGUGGCAGUGCUUCAGGCUCCCAUGGACCCACUCUCAGAACUCUCCCGAGACGAAGACAUGGAGGACAACAGAGAGGCGGAGCUCCUCGAUUGUGAGGCAAAGUCUGACUCCAGCCUGGAGCGAGAGCCAGUGGAGGAUGACUCCAAGGGGGCCGACGGUGGCAAGAAGAGGAAGAGAAAACCGUACCGGCCGGGUAUCGGCGGGUUCAUGGUCCGCCAGAGGAGCCGUCCAGGCCAAGGUCCAGGCAAAGCUAAGCGAUCCCUCUGCAGGAAAGACUCCUCCGGCUCUGUGUCGGAGAAUCCCAUGGGAAAAGACGAAGGCUGGAUGGAAUCGCUGCCAGUUACGCCUGUGGAUGAGAUGCCUCCUGGUCCGGACGUCCCAGAAAAGAUAAAGAAACGCUAUCGAAAAAAGAAAACUAAACUGGAGGAGGCUUUUCCCACCUACCUACAGGAGGCUUUCUUUGGAAGGGACCUGCUUGACAAAAGCAAGCAGACCAGACAGCAGGGGGUAGAAUCUGGCCUCUUGGAAGAUGGGCAAACCCAAGUGGAGAGGAAGCACUCCACCGCCGGUUUCCUGGACUCAUCAUCGGACCCACUGCUAAGCGCUUCAGCAGCAUCUAUUCCUGCCAGACAAGCAGGGCCAGCACAGACGUCUGAAGAACCAUUAGUUGAUCUCUCUGAUGUUCUGAACACUGAUGCAGACAUCUUGGGAAUGCUGGGAAAGCCAAGCAGUGACUCUGGUCUUGAUUUUUGCCCCUUCCAGGUUGACAGCUCACCUCCUCCUUUUGCUGGCCUGGACAUUGGGCCCCUGGCAGAUGGCUCCCCAGUGGCGUCUCAGUCUCAAGCCGGCCGUAGGACACCUCGAACAAUCCCAGAGGAACCGCUGGACGGGAUUCUCAGCCCAGAACUGGACAAGAUGACCGAUGAAUCAAUUCUCAGCAAACUUAACAAAAUUCCAGAGCUGGAGGGCAAAGAUGUGGAGGAUCUCUUCACAGCAGUCCUCAGCCCAAGCAUGAGCCAACCACCUCCACCACAGGUGCCUCACCCCCAGGUUCCAGGGCCCUUCCCUGCAACGCCUGGCACUAGCAUGCCUCACCCCAAUGCAGGAAAUCCAAUGUUUCCAAGGAUUCCAAUGAUCAAUGGUAUGAUGGGACCAAACCAACGCUUCCCUUCAAAUCCUGGAGCAGGACCCUGCAUCCCAGAAAACUUCUCCCCCCUUAACCGCAUGCCUUUCACUGACAAUCCACGGGAUAGAAAAUUUAAUCAGAUGCCUCGAGAGGCAGUUGGUUCAUGGCCCUCCCCUGCCCACGGCCCUGGCCCUGCACCCCCUGGAUCUAUGCCAGAGGGGGAGACUGAAGCCAUGUCAAAUGCCCAACGGAGUACUCUGAAGUGGGAGAAAGAGGAGACACUUGGAGAGCUAGCCACUGUUGCACCCGUCCUGUACACUAAUAUUAAUUUCCCCAACCUCAAAGAAGAAUACCCAGAUUGGUCUACACGGGUAAAGCAAAUUGCAAAACUUUGGCGGAAGGCUAGCUCUCAAGACAGGGCCCCAUAUGUGCAAAAGGCAAGAGAUAACCGAGCAGCCCUGCGCAUCAACAAAGUCCAGAUGUCGAAUGAGACGGUGAAGAGGCACCAUCCACAGCAACAUCCCCCUGAGGUGUUUGAUCCCAACAUACCACUAGACACAGAACUCCUGUUUAAAGACCCUUUGAAACCAAAAGAGUCAGAGCAUGAACAAGAAUGGAAGUUUAGACAGCAAAUGAGGCAGAAAAGCAAGCAACAAGCCAAAAUUGAAGCCACUCAGAAACUGGAGCAAGUUAAAAACGAGCAACUUCAGCAGCAGCAACAACAGCAGCAGCAGCAGACCAGCCAAUCAGACGGAGAUGGAAACAACAGCAGUCAUCAGAGUCCUGCGUCACAGCCCAGUAACGACAGCAUGUCCCCCAUGCAGCAGUUCAACACUAAAGAAACGUUUGCCAGGCCACAGCUACAGGGAACCCCCACUUCAGGGCCUUCAGAGGAUGUAUUCUUACGGCCACCACCUCCGCCUCCAUCUGGCCCUUCCUCCCAGCCUCAGUCUCCUCAAGUAUUCUCACCAGGAUCCUCUGGCUCGCGACCCUCAUCUCCUUGGGACCCAUAUGCCAAGAUGGUUGGGACCCCGAGACCGCCAACUCUUGGACCCAACGUGUGCCGUAGAAUGCCUGUGGAAUCUGGUAAAUCGCCCACCUCCCUGAUGGAGCAACAGGACAGAGGGAGACCCUCUCCAGCUCAUGAAUCCUUCGGCUCUCCAACAUCAAUGAGUAGCGACCCUUAUGCUAAACCUCCCGACACCCCAAGGCCAACCGGAGAAAAUGACCCUUUUCUGAAGCCCAUGGGUCCCCCGAGAGGAAGUCAGAGUUCUCAAGGAAGGCCCCCAAUGGGCUCUCCUGGUAGAGACCCAUACUCAAGGCCAAUGAUAAGAAAUGAUGCCUACCAGCGCAUGGCCCAGAACAGAAUGAUUCUGUCUGACCCUUACUCAAGGCCUUUACUAGCGCCAAUACCUGGAAGUAAUGAGUCUGGCUCUGUCCCUCUGUUUAAGACACCAAUGCCUCCUCCUCAGGCUCAGGACCCCUUUAACCGUCCACUCCCACAUCCCACUGACAGAUUCUCCCAAAAUCAACAGAAUGAUCCCUAUGCUCAUCCUCCACACACCCCGCGACCAUCUGUAAACGACAGCUUCUCCAGUCCUCCAAGAAUGGGUCAGCAUCACCCUCAGGGGCACGCAUUUGCUCAGCCAGGAGCCGUGCCUCAGAUGUCUAGAAAUCCAUAUGCACAUGCACCUUCUACUCCACGGCCUGAUCAUUUCACCUACGAUCCCUUUGCCCAGUCCCCUGGCCCCAACAAACCAGGCAGCGACCCCUUCUCUCAGCCUGCAAACCAGAGAUCCAUCAAUGAGCAUGGAGCCCAACCACGGCCAUUUUUCGAACCAUAUGCUCGACCCCCGGGCACCCCACGACCACAUGACAACUAUGGGCAGUCAUCAAAUGCACCUUGUCCAUCCUCAGACCCUUACUUGCAGGCCCCUGCUACCCCUCGCCCCGGUGGGAUGAACCAGUACCACUCCGGACAAAGGAUGUCGCCCUCCCACACGUUGGACCCUUAUGGUCAGCCUCCAGGUACCCCGCGGCCCUCUGUGGGUGAAAGGUUCUCCAAAUCACCAGGUUGUCAGCGGGUGUCAGUGGAGUCGUUUACGCCAGGGACGCCGAGGCCAGGAAGCGGUGAAAUGUUUUCACCACCAGGGGCGCCUAGACCCAUGCUUAAUGACCCUUAUGCCCAGCCUCCAGGAACGCCCAGACCCAGUCCUGAUGGGCUUAGCAGGCCUAUGCCACGGCCUGGACCAAUGGCAAGCCAGGAUCCCUUCUCCCCACCUCAAGGCAGGCUUCAAGAGGCCUUCCCUCAUCCAGACUCACACACACCUAAACACCCACUUGUUUCUGAUGAUGGAUUUGGUCAGUCUCCCUCAAGAAGACCCAGCCAGACUCCUGUUCAUGAUCCAUUUGAGCAGGCACCCAUUGCCCCUCAUCUACAGACGACAGAAAAAAUGGAAGUGAAAGAUCAGAUGGUUGUGGGAAAAAAUGGAAACGCCCCUCAGGACCAAGUCCAAAUGUCAAACAACCAACAAAUGCCUGGUGCAUCCUCUGACGCUCAGGUUGUGGCUCUUGCUGAAACCGAGGAGAGACUCCGACAGCGACAAAGAAUUAGAGAGCUAAUCCUCAAGCAACAACAACACAGGAGUGCCAUCCGACAGGAGAGGUGCCCUCAGGAACCGGCUGGCAACAUGACCCCAGGAACACCACGGCCUUGGCCCCAGGAGGGCCCUGGCCCGCAGGGCGAAAUGUUCAACAGACCACCUCCACCUUACCCUGGACAAGGACCCAUGAGAGGGCCAAUGAGGUUUCCUGGACCUUUUCCAGGAGAUCAGCGUGUACCUUUUCCUAAUGAAGGGCAAAUCCCCCGGCCCCCACAUCCUGGAGAUCCUAAUUUGAGACAUCAGGGGCCGAGGUUUGCAUUUCCCAGUGGAGUUUUAGGACCUCAUGGGGCACAGGAGUUCUUUCCUAGGGGACAUAACCCAAUGCAGGAUGUACCCCCUCAAAUGAGACGUUCCAUGUCUGCCGAAAUGACAAAAAACAUGGGAGGAAACCCCAUGGGGCUGCCUCAGCACUUCCCCCCUCGUAGUAUAUCAGUGCAACAGCACAACAUAAUGGGCCAGCAUUUCAUUGAGCUGCGACACAGAGCAGCAGAAAACAGGCCACGCAUGCCAUUUACUUCUGGCAUCAUGCAGGGAGGCAGCAUGGAUCCAAACAUGCAGGGUCCAAGGCCUGUGGGCUUCUCUGGAGCACCUGAUUUCAGGUUUCCUUUAAAUCAGGGCCCCAAAAUGAUGGACCCUAUGUCCAGUCAAAACGCCCACUUACAGCUUUCUGCCAGUAUGGACAACCUUCAUCAGCAAACCCAGAUGCCAGGAAUCAGUCCCCUUAAACAGUCGCCACUAAUGAGAUCUAUGAGCCAGCCCGCUUCCAAUGAGGCUCAGAGCAUGGCAGCAUCCAUGAUCCUGUCUGCACCCCCUGCUGGGCAGACGGAGAUAAUGUCAGUGGCCAGCAGUGAGGCUGUGGAGGAGAAACUGGAUGCAGAUGACUCAGCAGUCAAAGAUCUUGAGGAUGUGGAAGUGAAAGACCUGGUAGAUGCUGAUUUAGAAAAUCUAAAUUUGGACACUGAAGAUGGCAAAGACCUCGAUCUAGAAACCAACGAUUUACACCUCGACGACUUCUUAAAGUCUGGCACAUUUGACAUCAUAGCUUACACGGACCCUGACUUAGAUGAUAUAAAGAAAGACAUGUUUAACGAGGAGCUGGAUCUUAGUGAUCCUAUGGAUGACAAUUCUGACCCCGCCGACAUAAACAAAAAUGCAAACGCCGAAAAUGAGGCUGCGUCCAGUUCAACAUCGGCACUGGCAAAGUCAGAGGCCGCAGGUGAGCAGUCCUCAACAGUACUCAAGCCAGAAGACACAGGAAAUCGGGACUCUGAUUCUUUGGCACCAAUCCAUGAAAUUAAAACGGAGAUCAAGGACUGUCAGAGGCCGCCAGAGGUGGUGAGCCAGCAAGCUUCUGGACACGCCUCGAACCAGCAGGGAGUUCUCUCCGACUCCACCCCGGUCCUGUCGAGUUUACUCGUUAAGCAGCAGCCCGAGGAGCAGUCAUUAAACCCAAUCAUCGAAACCGUCAAUCAAGGAGGUAACCUCAUGGCCCAGCAGAACCAAGCCGCUGAUACCCGGCAUACCGCAGCACUCGCAGUGAGUCAAACAAUACCUGACACCACCGGCGCAGGAGAGGUUUCCAUGGCCGGCUUUGCAGCAGACCAUCAGGUGGGGAUGACCCCUGCAGCAGACCAGGGCGGACUGAGCCAGGCACAGCAGACGGUGUUAAACCAGGCGCUGGGUCAGCACAGCCUGCAACAGCGUCCUCUCCUGCUGGAGGAGCAGCCCCUGCUGCUGCAGGACCUCCUGGACCAGGAGAGGCAGGAGCAGCAGCAGCAGAGGCAAAUGCAAGCCAUGAUACGACAGCGCUCCAGCGACACCUUCUUCCCCAACAUUGAUUUUGACGCCAUCACGGAUCCCAUCAUGAAAGCCAAAAUGGUUGCCCUAAAGGGCAUCAAUAAGGUCAUGGUUCAGAACAACAUGGGAAUGCCUCCCAUGGUAAUGAACAGAUUUCCUCCUGGUGCUGGUCCCGUACCACCUUGUCCUGAAAGUGCACCACUUCCUCCUCAAGUUGUCGGACCGGAUGGAAAAUUGACGCAAGUAGCAAGACCAAAUCCUCCGAACUUUGGACCGGGAUUUGUCAACAAUGCUCAGAGGGCUCAGUAUGAGGAGUGGCUCCAGGAGACUCAGCAGCUACUUCAAAUGCAGCAGAAAUUUCUAGAAGAGAAGAUAGGCGCUCACAGGAAGUCUAAGAAAGCCUUGUCUGCCAAGCAGAGAACCGCUAAGAAGGCAGGGAGAGAGUUCCCGGAGGAAGAUGCUGAGCAGCUCAAACAUGUCACAGAGCAGCAGGGUGUAGUUCAGAAGCAGCUGGAGCAGAUCCGCAAGCAGCAGAAAGAACAUGCUGAACUUAUAGAGGAGUACAGAGCGAAGCACCAGCAAAAUAACAUGACACCAAUUAUGCCGGGGAUGCACCCGGUGCCAGGUCCCGCCAACAUGGUGCCCAGUGGCCCUCCGAUGGUUCAGCCUCCCAUGAACCCGAUGCUCCAGAUGCCCAUUCAGCCUGGCCAACCAAACGCGCCGCCCCGUAUGCCCAACCCUCCCGCUGGCUGGCAUUCUGCUGCUCCUUUGCCCAUGGGUGGAGCAGGAAUGCCGCCUUUAAUGCCUCCACAGGUGCCUGCUGGAAAUCCAGCUCAGCCCCUUCAGAUGCCAAUGGGUAAUGUAGCGCAGCACUCGCAGAUGCCCGUGGACCCCCAAGCACCACCCACUCCAACUGGUGGUGUAAAACCCAUUCAGGCCGGUGGUGUAAAGUUUGAUGACAACAACCCGUUCAGCGAAGGCUUCCAGGAACGUGAGAGGAGAGAGAGGCUCAGGGAGCAGCAAGAGAGGCAGCGGGUGCAGCUCAUGCAGGAAGUAGAACGUCAGAGAGCCCUGAAACAUCGUAUGGAAAUGGAGCAGCAAGGGAUGAUGGGCCCAGAUGGGAACAUGGCACCGCUCGCUCAGAUGCCAUUUUUUAAUUCGGAUCUACCACAGGACUUCAUCCAGCCCCAGAGGCCCCCUCUACAGCAGUCACAGCAACUCGGACCAAUGUUUCCCCAGCAGCAGGGCAUGCAGCCCACCAUGGGCUCCCCGCCUGGAACAUUCAUUCAGGGGGAAAGGAGAGCCAUGAUGGGCAACGGGAUGAUGGGCCCCGCUCUAGCACAUGAAAACGUCGCCCUACAAGGACCCAACUUUCCUCACGGUCAACCCCGGCCUCGUCAGUUCAGUGGACCAGGAAUGAUGUCUCAGAUGUCCGGUGACGGAACCCCUUUUGGGAAUGAUGCGGCUACACCUUUACCAUCCAACUUCCCUGGCUCUGGUCAGUCUCUUAUCCAACUCUACUCCAACAUCAUCCCAGAUGAAAAAGGAAAAAAGAAGAGGAACCGCAAAAAGAAGAAGGAAGACGACGCAGAUUCAGUGAAAACUCCCUCAACUCCACACUCAGACCUGACAGCCCCUCUCACACCCUGUGUGUCAGAUACCUCUUCGACUCCUACUAGAAAUGCUCAUCUUUUCGGAGACCAGGACUUAUCGAGGUCACCCUUACUCGGAUCCUCCACCCCGAGUCACUCGGAGCUGGAGAGGCAGCUUUCAGGAGGACAGACUGGUUUGUCAUCAGAUGCAUCGAGGACCCAGGCUCAGGAGCAUGAGAGGAUCCUCCGCAACAUAAAGCUGGAGCAGACCGAUGCCACCGAGUGCCACGGGCCACAAGAAGGUCCUAACGGCACAGAAAUGAGCUCUGUCAAGGAAGAGGGAAACAAAGGCGGCAUGUCUCCUUUCCCUGCUGGGCAAAGUCCAAACAAGGGAGACGCUGGUAAUGAAUUACUGAAACACCUCCUGAAGAACAAGAGCACACCUCCACCCGGACUGUCGCAGCAGAGGUCAGAGGAAAGCCUGCGCUCGGAGGAGGAGGAACCCACAGACUGCAAAACCUUGUUAAGGCAAAGCUCUGUGGACAGCAGCGGGGCUUACUCUGAUGGCACAUCUGACUUUCCUGGACCUCUGCACCCUGAACAAGAGAAGAAGAAAGGGAGAAACAAAAGGCCUCCGAAAGGAGGCGAGAAACCCGCCUCUCGCUACAAGAAGAGAAAGAAGGAAGGGGAUGAGAGGCAACUGAUGCACUCUGGGCCAGACACAGUAAUGACCCAGAUCAAACAGCAGCUGUCUCUGCUGCCUCUGAUGGAGCCAUUGAUUGGGGUCAACUUUGCCCAUUUCGCUCCCUAUGGCAGCGGUCAGCUCAAUGGAGAAAACCUGCUGUCUGGGUCUUUUGGCAGCGCCUCACUAGAUGGAGUCUCCGACUAUUACUCCCAACUGGCCUACAAGCAAAGUAACUUGAGCAAUCCUCCAACGCCUCCGGCAUCGCUUCCUCCCACCCCGCCACCUGUGAAUCGACAGAAAAUGAUCAAUGGAUUUGCUACAACAGAGGAGCUAGCCAGCAAAGCUGCUGCCAUGGUCUCCAAAGGUUUGGUGCCAAAGCCGCUACACGUCCCAUUCAGGGCCGAGGAAGAUCUGCUUGCCCGUGCUAUUGCUCAGGGCCCCAAAACUGUGGAUGUUCCUGCUUCCCUUCCCACCCCUCCUCACAACAACCAGGAGGAGCUAAGUAACAGAGGGCAGGAGCCCUGCAAGGAGAGGGACACACCCGACAGUUUUGUUCCAUCUUCAUCUCCCGAGAGUGUGGUUGGCAUGGAGAUCAGUCGCUAUCCAGACCUGUCUCUGGUGAAGGAAGAGCCCCUCUCCCCCUGUUUGUCACCCGUCCUCCCUGUGCUUCCUGCUCCCGAUGGGAAAGGGUCUGAAAUUAAACUGCAGGAUAUAAAAACUGAGCCCUCUUCAAUGUUCUUUGGAUCCCCGUUUGGCCCAAUGGCUCAUGAUUCCAAACAAGGGCUGGUUUCUGUGGCCAUCACUCUGAGGCCAGCUGCUGCUGAGGUCAGCAGCACCCCGGACCGGCCCCCUCUGUCUAUGCACGGUGGUCCAAGGGUGGGCCCCAACGGCAUGGAGCCCCGGCCUCCUAUGUUCUUCCACGGACACGGAGACACCGCCGGGCUUCAGGGCCGGCCAGGACAGAUGAUGAGGCCAGGUGGGCCACAGGGAAUGAUGCAGCAGCAGGGGCAUAAUUUCCGUUUCCAUCUCAACAGCCCAGCCACCGCUGGGGCUCGAGGACCUGAUGGCAAGACCCCUGCCAGCCCUGGAUGCAAACCCCAGUGGUGCUGCAACUGUAAAGUGGUUGUUCUGGGAAAUGGAGUUCAGAAAACCACUAAAGACCUCCCGGCCCAUAUGAAGGAAUUUGAAGGCCGUCUGAAAUCCGAGGAACACCUGGUCUUCUGCAGUCAUAGCUGUUUCCUACUCUUCUGCUCGUCACCACCACUGCAGUCCAGACCUGCUACAGAAACAAAGGAAUCGAUGUCCCUUCUCCCGGCCUCUGAGCAAACUGACAGCAUUUGUAAAGCCCAGCACCAGUACAGCAAUAAUAUGUCCUCACUCGAUGUUCACUGCCUGGCCCAGCUUCAGCCCAAGCAGUCUCCCCCUUCCACUCCUCCAAUCCCCUUUCCAGCAGCAGGUGAUACACCCAAGAUGGAGGCCAAAUCUGAUACCCUCAGAAUGACAGUGAAGCUGAAAGCCCGGCCGAGGUCCCAUGACGGCUGGCACCAGGGAAAGCGACAGAAAGGUCUGCGCUGGAGGAAGUGGACUGUUCAGAUAGUGGUGCCGAGAGGGAAUUCCCAGCUCCCGGAGGAAGAUAAGAUCGACGAGCUCCUGCAGAAACUCGGGGCGUCCCUUCGCCCUCAGGCGUCACUCAAAGACCACCGGCGCUGUUGUUUCUGCCACCAGUUCGGAGACGGGAUCACAGACGGCCCUGCCAGGCUGCUAAAUCUAGACGUUGACGUCUGGGUCCACCUGAACUGCGCCCUGUGGUCCACGGAGGUGUACGAGACGCAGGCGGGCGCUCUCAUCAACGUGGAGCUGGCGCUGCGCCGCGGCCAGACGGUGCGCUGCGCCUACUGCCAGCAGACCGGCGCCACCAGCGGCUGCCACCGCCUGCGCUGCACCAACGUCUACCACUUCACCUGUGCCCUGCAAGCCCACUGCACCUUCUUCAAGGACAAGACCAUGCUGUGCCACGCCCACCGGCCCCGCGGCACGGCGGGCCAGGCGCUGGAGCACGAGCUGCGCUGCUUCGCCGUGUUCCGCCGCGUCUACGUGCAGAGGGACGAAAUGCGGCAGAUCGCCACGGCCGUACAGCAGCCCGAGCUGGGCUACACCUUCCGGGUGGGCAGCCUGGUGCUGCACGCCAUGGGCCAGCUAACCCCACUGCAGAUGGCCGCCUUCCAUUCCCCGACAGCCAUCUUCCCAGUCGGCUACGAGGCCUGCCGCAUUUAUUGGAGCAUGCGCCACGGCAACCGCCGCUGCCGCUACAUGUGUUCUGUUGAAGAGGGAGAGGGCUUACCGGAGUUUACCAUCAGAGUCAUCGAACAGGGCUACCAGGACCUGGUCCUGACCGGAGUGUGGGAGAAGGUGCUCGGUCCAGUAGCUGAGAAAAGAGCCGAAUCAGCCACCCUAAAGCUCUUCCCUGUUUACCUGAAAGGAGAGGAUCUGUUUGGACUCACAGUCCCCGCAGUCACCAAAAUCACCGAAUCGCUCCCAGGCGUGGAGGCAUGUGACAGGUACUCAUUCCGUUACGGACGCAACCCUCUGUUGGAGCUGCCUCUGAUGUUCAAUCCAGCCGGCUGUUCCCGAGCAGAGCCAAGAACCAGCUCCCCCUGCACCUCACUGGUGAUAAGGCCACAGCCACAGCCUGUGCCUACCAGCAGUGCCAGGUCCAACCAGAAUGUGGCCCAAGGAGAAGGGGGUGUUCCCCACAGCAAGACUCCAGUCGUGCACCCCAGGUCCUCCCAGUACCGUUGGAUGAAGAGUGAGUGGAGGGCCAACGUCUAUUUGGCCCGCUCCCAAAUCCAGGUGAGUCAGCAAAAAUCCAUUCCAAACGAGGCUGCUCCUCUGUCAGAGGACAGAGCAGCUAACGUGGUGCGUCCGCAGGGCCUGGGGCUGUUUGCUGCCCGAGACAUCGAAAAGCAAACCAUGGUGAUCGAAUACAACGGAACCAUCCUCCGAAACGAAGUUGCCAUCAGGAAGGAGAAGAAUCGAGCUGUGUUUAUGUUCCGCAUCGACAGUGAACACAUUGUUGAUGCCACCAGAACUGGAGGGCUGGCAAGGUAUAUCAAUCACUCUUGUGCCCCAAACUGCGUUGCUGAGGUGGUCACGUUUGAGCGAGGGUACAAAAUCAUCAUCAGCUGCAUUCGUAGGGUUGAAAAAGGAGAAGAGCUGUGUUUCGACUAUCAGUUCGACGCCGUGGAGGGCCAGCACAAGAUCGCUUGUCACUGCGGAGUUCCAGAAUGCAGGAAGUGGAUCAGCUGAGCGAGACGAGACGCCUACAUGCAUUCCCUGUUGUAGUGUUAGCAUCACGGUCUCCGCACGGAAAAAGACUUCACAUUUUAAGUGUGUUUUUUACAAACGAGCAGAAAGAGCCACACCUCUGGAGGAAGGAAAGAGCUCACAGGUUGGUUCACCAAGAUCAUGGAAUAGAAACGGGUGGAGCAAGAGAAAUCCAACACAGUAGCAGAAUGUGACUUGUGCCAUAAACGAGAGGCUCCGUUGUCCACAACGCCUCCGUCUGUCUGUAUGUUUCUGCGUGUUUGUUUGGUAUACAUGGGGUGCGGAAUCCACCAGCGAAUGAGAGAGCACUGUGCAGGGUGCGGCCUUACUGCUUACUAAGGGCAGGCCCUUUUGUUACAUACUGUUAAUGUAUACGUAUGACUAAAUGUAGACAUCACUGAAUGAGGAAUGUACAGCAAUGAAUACUGCGAAGGGAAUAUUAACUUGCACUAAAAAAAAGAGAAAAUACACAAAAAAAAACACACGAAAACUUUUAAAUACUUGAUUCCAUGAGUCAGUUUUAUCAUAGGUCUCUGUCAUGUGAUUUGUGUGGAAUUCGAGAGGUUUUGUAUUUAUUACUGAGUGAAUGAAUUUUAUUCUCAAAAUGAUGAGAUUGAGUUAAAGAAGGCUAGAUUGCUAUUGUUUUUGAAGAUAGAAGAAGACAUGCUGUUACUUUUGUAUAAAUGUACAUAAACAAAACUAUAGGAAUAACCGACCAAAUACUACCUUAACCUUCUUGAUGUUUGGGUGUUUUUAAAUUGUUUCUGUUCUGUUUGUCAUUGAAAUUUAUUUAAGAUGGACAUAAUUUCAGUUUGAGAGUAUAUAUUAUGAUUAUUCUGUACAGAAUUUGUAAUAUAACCACAAUAAUUCACAAAGUAUUUUUGUUGUAUUAAAAGUAAGGUAUUGUAGUGUAGUGUUUUGUGACUUACACAUACUUUGACCACUCAAAAGAAAUAUUUUUGUUGACUAACGUAACAAGUUAUCAGUUACAGAAUUUAAAAAAAGACUUUUCAGAUAGUAAGAGAUCAUUGCGAUCUGUUUGCUGUUAAUCAGGUUUGAUGUUAAAGAACUGUGAAUUAGAUUUUAAACCCAAAAACAAUUUUUUUAACUUUUUAUCACAGAUGAGAACCACAGCGUGUAUUUACCUGUUUCUGUUUUUACUUUUAAAUCAAGGUGCGAACGUUUAAUGAUGUUAUGAGGAGACAAACCGGUGUAUGACGGAAAGAACCGCGAGCAGAACUGUAGGUUCUACCUUUUCUUGGACAGAAAUGGCAUUCUGCUUAAUCAGAAAUAUUUCUUAUACUGACAGUUCACAAUUCACAUGCUUAGUUUUUGCGUGCACAAUUUCAAGUUGACUGUAAAAUUUUGCAGACAGUCUUAGAACUUGUAAUGUAUAUGGCAUGUAUUUUUUUAACUUUCGAAAAACUCAAUUGUAUAUAUUUUCUCAAUGAAUGGGUGUAACAAAAUUGUUUCUUGGAUAUUUUUCUUCUCUUGUAUAUUACAUCUACCUGCCAGUGUGUUUGUGCUACAUUUUCUUGGUCUUGUAAAGUAGUCAGACCCCACCCCCCCACCCCCACCCUGAUUUUUGUUUUCUUUUUCUUUUUUUCCCCCAUUUUAUGUUUGUUUUUGAAAUUGCCU